GCGGGAAGGGGGGAGAUGGAGCUGAACGUUACGGCGGCGGCUCCACCGGGGAAGGAGCAGCAGGCGGCGGGGGUGGGGAUCCUGCUCCAGAUCUCGAUGCUCGUGCUCUCCUUCGUCCUCGGCCAUCUCCUCCGCCGCCACAAGUUCUACUACCUCCCCGAGGCCAGUGCCUCUCUCCUCAUAGGUUUAAUUGUUGGAGGACUUGCUAAUAUUUCAAAUACAGAAACCAACAUUAGGACAUGGUUCAAUUUUCACGAGGAGUUCUUUUUCCUAUUCUUAUUACCUCCAAUUAUAUUCCAAUCUGGAUUUAGCUUAGCACCUAAACCGUUCUUUUCAAACUUCGGAGCCAUUGUGACAUUUGCUAUUCUAGGGACAUUUAUUGCUUCGGUUGUGACGGGGGUUCUAGUGUACCUAGGUGGAUUAACUUUUCUUAUGUAUAAACUCCCACUGGUUGAAUGCCUUAUGUUUGGUGCUCUUAUAUCAGCAACUGAUCCUGUCACAGUGUUAUCCAUAUUCCAGGAACUUGGCACUGACAUGAACCUAUAUGCUUUGGUUUUUGGGGAAUCUGUUUUGAAUGAUGCAAUGGCGAUUUCCUUGUACAGGACAAUGUCAUCAGUGAGAAGCCAUGCUUCAUCAGGACAGAACUUUUUUCUGAUCAUUGUGCAAUUUCUCGAGACAUUUGUUGGCUCGAUGUCUGCAGGAGUUGGAGUUGGUUUUAUUUCUGCUCUACUCUUUAAGUAUGCUGGACUAGAUAUUGACAAUCUCCAGAACUUGGAGUGCUGCCUAUUUGUCCUCUUUCCUUACUUCUCGUAUAUGUUAGCAGAAGGGCUUGGCUUGUCUGGUAUUGUCUCUAUAUUGUUCACGGGGAUUCUUAUGAAGCACUACACAUUCUCCAACUUGUCAGAAAACUCUCAGCGCUUCGUUGCUGCGUUUUUCCACCUAAUAUCAUCAUUAGCGGAAACUUUUGUGUUUAUAUACAUGGGUUUUGAUAUUGCUAUGGAAGAACAUAGCUGGUCACACCUGGGCUUUAUUUUCUUCUCAAUACUGUUCAUAGUGGUUGCGAGGGCGGCAAAUGUGUUCUCUUGUGCUUACUUGGUCAACUUGGUUCGACCAGCAAAUCGAAAAAUACCUGUAAAGCAUCAGAAAGCACUUUGGUACAGUGGACUCAGAGGCGCCAUGGCUUUUGCUCUCGCCCUGCAAUCAGUGCAUGAACUUCCUGAAGGACACGGAAAGACUAUAUUCACAGCCACCACAGCAAUAGUAGUUCUAACUGUGCUUUUGAUUGGAGGAUCAACAGGUACCAUGCUCGAAGCUCUGGAAGUUGUCGGUGAUGGCCACAGUAGUGUCCCAAAUGAGACUUAUGAAGAUAAUAACGGCUACAUCGCUCCAACUUACGAAGAGGGCACUUCAUCUGGGAGCAGGUUUAAGAUGAAACUCAAAGAGUUCCACAAAAGCACGACAUCGUUCAGCGCAUUGGAUAAGAACUAUUUGACUCCAUUCUUCACUAGUCAAAACGACGACGACGACGCUGAGGAUUUCGCAGCAGAUCCACCACAGAAUAGCAGGAGAGAAGGACUCCGCGGCCAUUGAAACGAUAUAAUUCGAUAACGAAGCUGACGGACUCGCACGCAACAUCGCGCAGACGAGAAUCUUGUAAUUACUCGAGUAAAACCUAAUCCCCUUCUCACACAGUUUCGAUGCGAUUAUAGUAGGAUAGAGAAAUUUGUACAUGGCAUUAUCGACUCGAUUUAGAGAGAAUCGAACCGAAUUGAAUCGAAAACAAAGCACUAUAAACUGUUUGAAGAUGAUCAAAUCCAACUCUUUGUACAUGUAAAGCUUAUACACAUCAGUGUUUAGUAGUAUAUUAAUACUUCAUCGAAAUAUUAGGUUGAAUUUA